AGCUUUUGAUAUUUUGUUGUCACUUUAAUCAUCCAAAAAAAAUAUUUUCGAGUUCAAAAGUCCCUACUAUGAUUUCUUGUACACUAUUUUGCGAGAAAAGCAAACGGUUGUAAUUUAUAAAUAAAAGUAACAAAAUGUUGGAAGCUGAGGAAGUUGAUGUUGAUUUCUUUACACCAGUUUCAAGCACAUCUUUAUCAAAAAUAUUUAGUACUGACAAACAUAUAGAAGACAAAGAAAAUGCUUCUUUGGUAUAUGUACCACAGCCAGUUCAAAAUGAUGCACUGCAGAAACAUGAAGAGUCUAAAGCUUCACAUAUAAUCUACGCUAGCGUUUUUUAUGCUUAUGAAUGGUCUAAUAAUGCAUAUGUUUCUAAAGGGAAAACAGGUGCUGCUAUUUUAAAAAAUCAAAAAACUGAACGAUAUAACAUUAUUUUAUAUGAUUCCAAUAAAGUUACUUUGUCAUGUACAAACAUUUCUCCACAACUGAAGGUAGUUGUUAAGGAAAAUGCAAAUUUAUCAUUUUAUGAUAACACAGGAAAAUAUUGGAGUUUAUAUGGCACUGAAGCCGAAAUUUCUAAAUGUAUUGAGAACUUAAAAUUGUUUGGUGUUACUAUAGAUAAUUCAAAUGAGGAUAGUAAAAGUCAGCCUGAAAUUAUGAAAUGUGAAGAAAAUAACACAUUGACUCAAAAUCCUACAGAUCAUAAGGAGAGCGACACAGAUUCAUCAAUAAAUAGGAGAACUAAAGAUUCCAUUUUAAAAAGAAUGGCUACUAUGGGACAUUCGGUGUUACCAAUGCAAUCUACAAAUUAUACUAAGUCUAAUUCUUCUGAUUCUGAUGAUAGUGCCGAAAAAGUCAUAAGGCAUAAGCCUCAAAGAAGUAUAGGAAAAACUAAAGCAUCUGAAAGAAUAGAUUGCACCGACAGUUGUACAGAAAUUAAUUGGAAAAAAACAAGUCCAAUUUCACAAAGCCCAGAAAAUAUCACGGUUACUUCAUAUGAUCAUCGGAUUGUGCCAAUUUCAGGUUCUAAUAUAAUUAAUAACCCAAUUCUAAACAACUCAAAUGAAUUGAAUUUAUUUAUGUCUGAACAAAGAAUAAGCAAUAGUGAAAUAAGAAUAAAUAUGAAUAGAAUGACAGACAAACUGGAUAAAAUAUUGGACAACAUCCAAGGGGUGUGCAAUAAAGGGAAUAAUAACAUUGGAUAUGAAAAUAAUAUAAUUCAAAAGUUAUUAGCUGAAUAUGAAAAUAAAAUAAAGUUAUAUGAAGAUUUCAUAAUGUCAAAAGGAUUGGAUUGUAGCAUUUUAAAAUUAUCACAAAAGCAAGAAAAUGAUGACUUAAAUAUCCACAAAAAUAAAAUUACCAACCUUCAAAGCAUUAUUGAAACACAGGAAAAGGAAAAUUCUAGAUUGUGUAAUGAAUUAAAGUCUUUGGAAGAAAAGUAUAAGAUAUUAUGCAAAGAAAGAGAAGAAGAGUAUGAUAUUAAAAUGAAAGAAGUAACAUCCUUAAGAUAUGAACUGAAUGUUAAAAAUGAGGAAUUAAAAACCCAAGCAGUUGAAAUGGAAAAUAAUAAGAUGCAGAAUAAAGAUGAUAUUAAAAAUAAACUUAAAUCUAUAAUGAAUAGAACAUUUCAUGCUCUGUCUGCCAAUUUCAAUGUCAAUGAAAGUUACAGUGGAACUGCCGUUAAAUCAUUACUCGCGAGUGUUAUUAAAAAAGAAACAAUAGAAGCAUUAAAUGAUGUGUAA